AGGUCCAUUUUGGGUGUGUGUCUCGUUUUCUUCCCUUUCCUGGGCAGGUAAAGCUACGACGCUGUUCAGCCGUCACACCAAGGCCAUCAUCUGGGGGAUGCAGACACGGGCAGUGCAGGGAAUGCUGGACUUCGAUUACGUUUGCUCCCGGGACGAACCUUCAGUAGCUGCCAUGGUUUAUCCGUUCACUGGUGACCACAGGCAGAAGUUCUACUGGGGCCACAAAGAAAUCCUGAUCCCCGUGUACAAGAACAUGUCUGAUGCGAUGAGGAAGCACCCUGAGGUGGAUGUUCUGAUCAACUUCGCAUCUCUGCGCUCUGCUUACGACAGCACUGUGGAAACGAUGAACUAUCCCCAGAUUCGCACAAUUGCCAUUAUUGCUGAGGGCAUCCCCGAGGCACUGACACGCAAGCUGAUCAAGGCUGCUGAUAAGAAAGGAGUCACCAUCAUUGGCCCUGCAACUGUUGGUGGGAUCAAACCAGGUUGCUUUAAAAUAGGCAACACAGGAGGUAUGCUGGACAACAUCUUAGCAUCGAAACUCUACCGUCCUGGCAGCGUGGCCUAUGUCUCCCGCUCCGGAGGGAUGUCCAACGAGCUCAACAACAUAAUCUCUCGAACCACGGAUGGGGUCUAUGAAGGGGUGGCCAUUGGAGGAGACAGAUACCCUGGUUCGACCUUUAUGGAUCAUGUCUUACGCUAUGAGGAUACCCCAGGAGUGAAAAUGAUUGUAGUGCUUGGGGAGAUUGGAGGCACAGAGGAGUAUAAGAUCUGCAGGGGUAUUAAAGAAGGCCGUAUCACCAAGCCAGUGGUGUGCUGGUGUAUUGGUACCUGUGCUACCAUGUUCUCCUCAGAGGUGCAGUUUGGCCAUGCAGGAGCUUGUGCCAACCAGGCUUCUGAAACUGCUGUUGCAAAGAAUAAGGCUUUGAAGGAAGCUGGUGUGUUUGUUCCCCGGAGUUUUGAUGAGCUGGGAGAGCUCAUUCAGUCUGUCUAUCAGGAUCUUGUUGCCAGAAGAGUGAUUGAACCAGCUGAGGAAGUGCCUCCUCCCACUGUGCCAAUGGACUAUUCCUGGGCAAGGGAGCUGGGUCUCAUCCGCAAGCCAGCUUCCUUUAUGACCAGCAUCUGUGAUGAGAGAGGUCAGGAACUGAUUUAUGCUGGGAUGCCCAUCACUGAGGUCUUCAAAGAAGAAAUGGGAAUUGGAGGGGUUCUGGGACUGCUCUGGUUUCAAAGGAGGUUACCAAAAUAUGCCUGUCAGUUUAUUGAGAUGUGUCUGAUGGUAACGGCAGAUCACGGGCCUGCUGUAUCUGGAGCCCACAACACUAUUGUCUGUGCAAGAGCAGGAAAAGAUCUUGUCUCAAGUCUCACUUCAGGCCUUCUUACUAUCGGUGACAGGUUUGGAGGAGCACUGGAUGCUGCAGCUAAAAUGUUCAGCAAAGCCUUUGACAGUGGCAUUAUCCCCAUGGAGUUUGUGAAUAAAAUGAAGAAGGAAGGGAGACUUAUCAUGGGCAUUGGACACCGAGUCAAAUCGAUAAAUAAUCCAGAUAUGAGAGUUCAGAUUCUCAAAGACUAUGUGAAGCAGCAUUUCCCUGCCACCCCACUGUUGGACUAUGCACUUGAAGUAGAAAAAAUUACAACUUCCAAGAAACCAAAUCUUAUCCUGAAUGUAGAUGGCUUAAUUGGAGUUGCCUUUGUUGAUGCACUCAGGAAUUGUGGCUCUUUCACACGGGAAGAAGCAGAUGAAUAUAUUGAUAUAGGAGCUCUUAAUGGCAUCUUUGUCCUAGGCAGGAGUAUGGGAUUCAUUGGACACUACCUGGAUCAGAAAAGGUUGAAGCAAGGCCUCUACCGUCACCCCUGGGAUGACAUAUCCUAUGUCUUACCAGAGCACAUGACUAUGUGAUAACAAGUAGCUUUGCCUCAGAAUGUCUCUUCAAGAAGGCAGAAGCCUGCACAGAGGACAGCUACGCCUGGACUUGGAUGUGUAAAGGCAUUAGGAGCUGCCUAGUUAAACAGUGCAAGCAACUGUCUUGUAAUAGAAACUUAAUCAAAAACCAAAACUUGUGAUAUUCCAUGUUACCUGCUGUAUUUAAUACUUGGAAGCAGCUGAACUCUCUCAUCUCUCUCU